GAGCUUCAGAUGAAGAGGACGGCAAUCGAGGCCUUCAAUGAGACGAUCAAGAUCUUUGAGGAGCAGUGUCAGACCCAGGAGAAGUGCAGCAAGGAGUACAUCGAGCGCUUCUGGUGCGAGGGAGAAGGAGCCCCCCCUCUUUCUCCCAGGAUCCUCAUGAACUCGGAGAAGCUCAAGUCCCACAUCACAGAGAUCCAUGACAGCAAGAUGAAGCUGGAGCAGGACUUGAAGAAACAAGCGUCGGAGAACCGGGAGAUCGACAAGCGCAUGAACAGCAUCAAGCCAGACCUCAUGCAGCUGCGCGAACUGCGGGACCAGUACUUGGUGUGCCUCAUGCAGAAGGGUGCCCGGCAGAAGAAGAUCAACGAGUGGCUGGGCAUCAAGAACGAGAUGGAGGACCAGUACUCCAUGACGGAUGAUGAGGAGGAGCUGCCUCACCACGAGGAGCGAACAUGGUACGUGGGGAAGAUCAACCAGGUGCAGGCAGAGGAGAUGCUGUGUGGCAAGAGG